AUGAUUUCUUUUUUUCCCACCUUUUCUUUUUUACUUCUUGUCGUCUUCUUUUUACGACUUAUCUUCUUUUUAUUUAAUGUCUUCUUUCUUUUACACUUCACCUUCUUUUUACUUCUUGUCGUCUUCUUUUUGCAACUUAUCUUCUUUUUAUUUAUUGUCCUAUUAGUUUUACACCUUAUCUUCUGUUUAUUUAUUUCUGGCUUCAUUUUACACUUCACAUUCAUUUUACACCUUAUUGUCAUCCUUUUACACCUUACCGUCUUUCUUUUACUCUUUCUUCCAUUCCUUUUGCACCUUAACUUCUUUUUAUUUAUUUUCCUCUUCCUUUUACAACUUAUCUUCUUUCUUUUAAUUAUUGUCUUUUUCCUUCUACACUUUAUUAUCUUUAUAUUUCUUGCCAUUUACCUUUUACAUUUUACCUUCUUUUUACUUCUUGUCGCCUUUCUUUUACGCCUUAUUUUCUUUCUUUUACUUCUUCUGCUCUUCCUUCUACACCUUUUCUUUUUUCUUCUUUUUGUCCUCUUCCUUUUGCAACUUAUUUUCUCUCUUUUACAUCUUCUCUUUCUUUUACACUUUAUUCUCCUCUUCUUUUUACCUCUUAUCUUCUUCCUUUUAUCCUUGUCCUCUUCCCUUUACUUCCUUCUUCUCCUCUUCCCUUUACUCAUUAUCCACUUCCUUCUUGUCCUCUUCCCUUUACUAAUUACCCUCUUCUUUUCACUCUUUGUUCUCUUCCUUCUACUCUUUAUCUUAUUUUACUUCUUGUGCUCGUCCUUCACCUUCUGUCUCCCUUUACUAUCAUUUUACUCCUUGUCUGUCUUAAUAAUGUUAAUUCAUGAUUAUUUUCCUUCCAUUGUUUUUUCAUUCACUUUUUUGUUUUUCUUUCAGUGUUCUUGGUGUCUGUUACGUACAAUUCGAAUACUAAUUUCUGUUUCUCCCUUAUACACGUUUUGCUUUCUUUCUUGA